AAUGAGUAAUUCAUUGUAAUAAGUUAGUAUCGUUUUUUUUCGAUAAUUUCGUAUUAUUUCUGACAAGAAAUUUCAGGGUUUUUUGUGUAAUUAUCCUUAUUGUAAGAAGUUAAUUUUGUUAAGAUUAACUGAUCAUGGAUAAUUAGAUAAAAGCUUAAGUAUUCUUUUUGAGGCUAAUUUAUAGCAAAUAAUGAUACAUUUGCAUUAUAAACAACAUACAAAAAUACAACAGAAAAAGCAAAAUAAAUUAUUUCAGAGAUAUAGCUUUUUCUUCUCCAUGCUCUUGUGUAUGUUACUUGCCACUGUUCAACCAUAUUUAGGAGGUACAAUCGGUAUAGCAAGUGGCAAUUUUAUUGUUUGGUAUUUUGCAGUGCCACUAACAUAUUUAGAGGCAGGAUUAUUAUGUACUCCACAUUCUCUUUAUAUGGCACUAAGAAAUGGUUACCUGAUAUUAUUUGUGAUGGUUUUUAUGUAUGGUGUAAUGCCCUUUUUGGCUAAGCUUGGAACAUAUUUGUUAAUACAUUCUAAAGUGAAUAUAUGGCUUCUUAAAGGAAUGGAAGUAUUGUAUUGUAUGCCACCACCGUUUACUUCCAGUCUAGCACUUUGUCAAUUAGCACAAGCUGAUUUACCAACUAGUGUGAUUACUACUUUAAUAGGACAUUUAGGGGGUUUUUUUUUAUCUCCAAUUCUUCUAUAUUUUGUGUUAGGAGCGUCUACUCCACCUUUAGUUGGUGUUAAUGUCAAAGAGAUUAUAUAUAGUACUCUAUUACCUCUAAUUAUUGGAAUGGUAUUACAGUUUUAUGUAGUAAACCCUAAUGUUUGCUCUAUAAUCGGUAUUGGACGAUAUUCUCAAGGAUUAUUAUUAAUCAUAGCAUAUUACUGGUUUUCUGAUGCAGUUUCUGCAGAUGUGUCAUCUUUGCAAGCUAUAGACAUAUUAUUAUGUAUACUAAUUGCUUGCAUCGCACAACUCUUCACAUGCUGUCUAUAUUGGGGUUUAUGUUCUCGAUGGUUACCUAGAAAUACUCUUUUAGCAGCAUUAUUUGUUAGUACUCACAAAUCAGUUGGUCUUGGAAGCUGGAUUUUACGAAGUACAUAUCAUGGAUCUGCUCAAGGUCCAGCAGUGAAUUUACCACUUUCAAUCUUACCUGUUGCACAACUCGUGCUAGGUACUUUAUUAGCAAGUUGGAUUGCUCCACAAUAUUCAUUAAAAAAUUAAGAAAAAAGUCUUGGAAACUUAUUCAUAGUUUUAACAAUGUAUAGUAACAUAGAUAUAAAUAUUCAUUUUCUUUCCAUUAAACCUUUGAGAAAUGGCUCAUAUUCACAUAGUAUUUAAAAGUUAUUUUAUGUAUUAAGAAUACAAUUAUCAAAAUAUUUUACUCUUAAUAUUAAUCAUAAAAAUAUUAAAAGCUAUAUAAUUCAAGUUCUAACUUGAAUAUUUAUAUUUCUACAAUAUAUAAAAUGAUAAAAACGAUCAAACUAAUAUUAUUUAUUGCUUUAACAAAAUUUCAGAUAUUUAUUCAAAUAUGUAAAUUUAUUAAUCCAAAAUUUGUAUGAAUAUGUAAUCAUUUAGAGCUGUAUUCAUAAUACAGACAUAUACGUUGAUAACACUUAAAGGAUUAAUUUCUUUGUUGCAUAUUCGUAAUAAUUAAUAUCUAUUAUUAUUUAUUGUUAUGGGAACUGAAUAAAAUAAAUCCAUUGUUU